GCAGAUGCCCAUAGGCUUCUGCUUUCAGCUGGGGGUGGAUAUAAAUAGUAAAGGUUAAUUAGUUAGGCAAGAAAUUUGAGAAGGGGGUGGCAGUAAGAAUUUGAUAUACAGACAGGUAAUUCAAGCGUUGCUCAUUGUCAGAGCAAUCAGACCAUAUAUAAAUCCGCCUUUUCAGGCCGGAGGUAUCACACAGCCUUACUACUUAUCUGUGGAGCCCCACCUGGGUGAAAGUUUAUAAGCGGGUUACUAUGUCACUCACUUCAAUCCUUGCCGCUGAUGCCAUCGAGAAUGCUAUCAAGGAUUGCCAAGCUCCAGACUCCUUCAAUUCCAAAAAGUUUUUCCAGUUGAGUGGCCUUACCAAAAAGAGUCCUCAAGAAGUGAAGGAUGUCUUCUGUAUCCUGGAUAACGAUGGUAGUGGCUUCAUUGAAGAAGAAGAGCUAAAAUUCUUCCUGCAGCGGUUCUCCCCAGGGGCUCGGUUGUUGACUGAUAAGGAGACAAAGUCAUUCCUCUCAGAUGCUGAUGAUGACAGUGAUGGCAAAAUUGGAGCAGAAGAGUUCCAGGCCAUGGUUCUAUCUUGAAAACUCCCAGAAAGAUAAAGGAGGCCUCUUCCCCAUCCCGCCCCAGUUCCAGAAAUUUUAUUUGGUUUUCUCUUUAUUUGCCUUUUCAAUACAGGUCCCAUUGUGCACUAGUGUAAUCCAAAUGUCCCAAUCAUCACAUUGCUAAACAAAUAAAUAAGUGCAUUUUAA